AUGUUAUGCACAAACGAGUCGACGACGGGGCCUUUACCAAGGCCAGACAACGAUUAUCGGCCACCACCUGGGCUACACCGAUAUUCGUUGCACAGGCCUCUACCAGGGUUACUUCCGUUGCAGACGAGACCAGCAGUGAUUCGACCUCCACCCGGACUGUACCGGAUAUUACCACAGCAACUAGUAAACCAGGAUCCACAGAGAUCAGCAUUUCGGCCACCACCUGGACUUCACCGAUUACCUCCUGGACUGCACCGAUUACCUCCAGGACUUUCGCCAAUAUUACCACAACAACCGCAACCACCACCACCACAACCGCCACAACAGCCACAACCACCGACAUAG